AUGCCGUUGAGUAAAAGAGAGAGGAAAUGUAUCUGCGACACAGACCACCUUCUAGGCCAGAUCACCGGAGUGCCAGAACCUUUGAAGAGUACUGAGGUUAACAAGAUCCGGCUGAGUUUGUUCACGGAGAGGAAUUCUGAUGGCACGGGAUACUUGGUUUUGAGAGGUAAAGACCUGCAUGAUCGAUAUAAGAAAAGGAUCAGAGAUUCAGACAUCAGAGCCAUAUGUUUAUACAUACGAGAAUCCCCAAGACGAAUAACCAAAUUGGAUCUUUGCUACAACGAAAUAACGGACGUAGGUUUCUUCAAACUUCUCAAAAAGUUGUUAAUAAAAGGCCGUUCCAGCAUCAUAAACUUAAACAUUAUGAACAAUAACAUAACUGCGAAAUCUAUAGAAUACUUAGCAAGAUACGCGGAGUACGUAAAGUUGAGAUAUUUGAGGCUAAACGGGAACGAUUUUGGCACAAUCGGCGGGGGUUAUUUCAAAGAGUUUUUACUUAAAAACUCCACCGUUGAAUACGUGGACAUCGGUCAAACAGACCAAACUCUAACAAACGUAGCACAAAUCAUCACAGCUCUAAGACCGGAGCACGGAGGUAACACGACAGUGAAAGUGUUAGAUUUCAGCAGAAUCGUACCUUUAUUCAACAGAUAUUCUUACGAAACAAAAUGGCUGGCGUACCAUAUAGAGUACCUUCUCGAACGCAACACAACAGUUAUAGAACUACACUUACAGAAAAACCAAUUUAUAGGGCACGAUAUGGAGUAUUUCGCGAGGGGAUUACGAAUGAACAACACUUUAUUGUAUUUAGACUUAGGUUACAAUAGAAUUGGGGAAUACGGCAUAGAAUUACUAGCGAAAUAUCUAGCCGAAGGCCCGCAGUUGAUUUUACUAAAUGUGGCGGGAAACGGGAUUAAAAAUACUGGGGCUAGAGCGCUAAGUUUCGGGUUGCCAUACUCAAAAGUUCGCGCGCUCGAUAUUUCUCACAAUAAAAUCACCGACAGGGGUAUUCUGGAUAUUUUGAACACGUUAAGAAAACCGUAUUACAUGCGAUUUUUGAAUCUUUGGGGCAACAAAUUUGGACAUUUACCCUGUUCAGUUAUAAAAAGAAUGUUGGAAAAUGGGAUUCUGUUUCAACACACUAUUGACGUGUGGAUAUACGAAGUGGAUGAUGUUUUACACGCCGCGUAUUAUCCUAAUCCCGCUGAUAGGAAUAAGCAUCUAUAUUAUUGCGAAUUAGAAUAUGGACACGCUCAACCGAUUUAUCAUAUUACAAGAAAUGCGAUACUUGAACCAGAAGAUGUGAAAGUUGAUUGUCAACACAUGCAUAAAUUGGGUAAAACAUCCAAAAAUACUUUUUGA